UGCGCGCAGCUACUCCCCUCUUGUCUGUAAAUUGUAAGUCAGGUUUGUUGUUAAAAAUGACGCUGAUUAUGAACGCUUGCGCUUUUUUAUGCAAAGUCCUCACUCUACCGCUGCACGUUGCGGAGCUGAUUGGACUUUUGUCUUUCUACAAACGCGUGUUUCCUAUAAUCGUCUAUAAAGUAACGUUCUCGUACAAUGCCAAAAUGAACGAGAAGAAAAGGGAACUAUUUCGAAACCUGUCCAAAUUCUACCCCACUAAAGGCUCUCUGCGCAUCUUGGAAGUGGGCUGCGGGUCCGGAGCGAACUUCGAGCACUAUCCGACGGGCUGCAGGAUCACAUGCAUCGACCCCAACCCGCAUUUCCAAAACUACCUGGAGGAAAGUAUGGCGAAAAACGACCACCUCGUAUAUGACAGCUUCAUAGUGGCGUCGGGGGAGAAUCUACAGGCGGUGGAGGAAAACUCAGUGGAUGUUGUGGUGUGCACACUGGUUCUGUGUUCAGUCAAAGAUACGCCGAAAGUUCUGCAAGAAGCAAAGAGAGUUCUAAGGCCUGGAGGAGCAUUUUUCUUCCUUGAACAUGUGGUGUCAGACCCCUCAACCUGGACUUACUUUUUUCAACAUGUUCUUCAGCCAUUCUGGUACUAUUUUGGCGAUGGCUGUCAGACAACCCGUGCUACUUGGAAGCACAUCGAGGCAGCUGGCUUCUCUGACCUGGAGCUACGCCACAUCCAAGCUCCUCUGUUUUUUAUGAUCAAACCACACAUUGCUGGUUAUGCCAUCAAAUAAUAAGUAUACAUUUUGCCACAAAAGAAGAACCUUCUAAAGGUUUUAUCAAGCAUGUUUCUUUCAGUAAGCAUGUUUCUUUCAUUUCACCAUCUACUUUUAAAUGUGUUUGUAUGAGAGAGCAAUUUGUAAUAAACCAUAAAAUAGAAUGUUUUUGUUUGACUUGCAAAGACUUCAUCUCAAAACAUUUUAUAUUGUAUAUGACUGUACCUUGUUGCAUGGGUAUAAUGUCUGUGAAACAUAUCACUAUCAAGAUGGUACAAAAAUAGAGGUAGGUAAAACAAUAAAAUACUUUCAUCUAUAAAAA